UCCUAUUGCACAGGGCUUAUCAUGUUUCUGAGUCUUUCUUGUCCUCCCACUUCUCCAAGCUGCACAAGAAAGAGAGCCAUGAAAGCCUCUGCUUUCCACCUCAAACCUCACCUUCUCCACCUCCAGAAGCAUGCACAUCCAAUCCCCACCCUUUUUCUUCCCAUACUCCCAACAAACUCAUCCCUCCUCAAGCCAAAACCACCAGCACCAACAGCCAAAAGUCCCCCCUCCCUCAAGCCCUCCCCCAAGCCAACCUUUGGAGACAGGCCUAAAUCCACAAACACCAUAGAGGAUGAGCUUAUAGAAGCUCCAACAGAAGGAAUUCCUAGAUGGAUGCUCUUGGGAGGUGUUUCCAUUGGCCUUGCCUUUCUUCUUCUGGGAAUUGAUGGGCAACAAGAUGCCUUGGCUCUGGGGCCUGAGGGACCCUUGGUGGAGGAGUUUUGGGAGAACAUGAGAAGGUAUGCACUAUACACUUUAACAGUCAGCACUGGAGUCAUCUACACCAUAUUGCAACCCAUAGUUGAGCUACUGAAGAAUCCCAUCUCUGCAAUACUGAUCAUCAUUGUGAUGGUUGGUAGUGCUUACCUUGUGUUCCAGGUGUUGAGUGCCAUGGUUGGCAUUUCAGAAUUUUCUUAUAAGUAUGGUUAUUGAGCUAUCUGCAUAGAUGUUAUGUUAAACACUAUCAAGUGUUAGCUUUGUAUUCUUUGACCAAGAGUGAGUAGCCUGUCACAGAAAUUUAUGAUGACAUGUACAAUAAUUGUAGUAAUGGGUGAGCAUAUAACCAACUUAAAUCCAUGAGAAUUCAGCAUCA